AGCAAGUCGCAGCAUUACCUAUCGCAGUGUAUCGACGCUGCGUCGAAGAGCCCGAUGUGUUUCACGCUUGGGGCCGUCAUGGUCAAGGGUGGGAAGGUUAUCUCGACUGGGUACAAUCACCACCGUCCGCACUAUGACGGUGGCGAGCUAGGGACGCGCGGGCUCCGCAAGCCCGUGUCGAUGCACGCGGAGAUGCACGCGAUUUACAGCUGCAUUGGCAUGUCCCCGUCGUUCAAGACGCAGGUUCAAGCGAUGGAACGAUCAGCUACGUGCCAAAAAUCAGAUAGGCCGCGAAAAUUAUCGAAACAACCGCAACGCGGCGAGCAAGGAUUAUGUCGCUUCGGCGACUGCACCCUGCCCGACCUGCACUCCACCAUCAACGCUUACGAACUCCGGCAUGUCUCGGUCUAAGGGGAAGCACAAGGCGUCGAGACAGUCUCGCUCGCCGCUGCGUCGGGAGCCUAGGACGCAAAGGGGCUUCGACGACUCCGGCGGUAAGAGCGACUGCGACUGCUCUGGCCUGGAGUACGCCUCUCCGCUCUGGAAGCCGGGCAAGGACUGGACUGAGCGACGCCGGGAUCCCCGGGUCAACGGCGCAGAUAUCUACGUCGCGCGAGUUACGAAGAGCGGGAUGGGCAACGCGAAGCCGUGCUGGCGCUGUCUCGAGUGGUGCCGCUGGGCAGGCGUGAAACGAGUCUUCCACUGGAAUGGUGACGAGGGACUGUUUGAGGUCGUCAAGGUCAACAGUGCAGAGCGGGAAAAUUACGAGACCAGGGCAGAUUUGCGGCUCUUUGCUGGACAAGGUCUUCGUUAGGUUCUCUGCACGUAUGGUGCUUCUAUAAGAUGAUGUAUUGCAUGGUGGAACCAUUUCAGGUGCGCAAUCGUGCGACGGACGAGAAGUUGAGGAAGGGAUAUAC